GGUGGGAGUGAGCGUGGGAGGAGUGAGUGUAGGAGUGAGCGUGGGAGUGAUGAAGUGAUAAUUUCUUACAAUGAUUGAUUAUGUAUGUACCUUUACAUACAAAUUACUAUGUAGUGGUACUUAUAGCCUACAUAUUGCGAAACCCCGCACCUUGAGCGAAGCGAAAAAUUGGUCACGACGAUUACUGAGUACAUUCCCCAUCAUCACACAUGAGAAGGCACGGCGACCGCAAGCGUACCGUCACUUUUGUCACAUUUUUGUCAGCUUUAGCGUUACUCAGAUCUGCGAGGUUGUGAACCAGUGGUGAAUCGGUGGUACUCGGUAAUCAUCCAGUGACCCAGUGAUCUGAAUGGGCUGAAUGGAACCGCUGGGGGUAGAUGUGUGCGACGGGGUUACUCCAUCACACAACCUCCAAACAUGCGAGGCAGGUACACAGAUGACCUGUCUCCCACCGCAACCCACCAAACCAACACCAACCCACCACAAAAACUGCCUGCAGCUGUCCUUUUGCUGUUGCUGCGAGGGAGGGGGCAUCAGAUGUGCUCACCCGGGUGUGAGAAGGGAUGAAGUGGCGGUGACGUGACGGCGUCGCACAUCGCCGUGACUAUCUUACCGCCGCACGAGCAAACGAAGCUCCCGCCGACGCUGGCAGAGUAUCAGAGUUGCUGCACGGCAUCCAAUCGGACUCGCCAUUCCCCCGUUGCCUCAGCUCGUCGCCCAGGUACUUACCUCGUCCUAUAACAGACGGUGAUAUGGCGACGACAGAUGGCUCCAAUCGCGAGCCCGCAAUCAGAACUAUACUAUCCUUGCGCCUUCGGGCAGCCGGCUGCGCUGAUUCCCGGUCCCCAACGAACAAUUCCAUUCCGCGCCCUGCGCCGGGCGGUGGUGAGCUUGCUGCGGAGCCACGACGCAGCUUGGUGCAGGCGGGUCCCGAGUUGAGGGGAGGCAGAGGCAAGCACUUCUGCACGCACUUCUGCAAGCACAACCACAACCACAAGCACAACCACAAGCACGAAAAAGGUUUCUUUGCGGCCGAGGCAAAUUCCGAAUGUGAUGGCUUCGUUUCGUACGAGUACCCACGAAACAGCCACGUAUGGGGUCGUAAGCCAGCCAACCAGCGGACCAGAAGCACAGAAAGCACCCAGAAGCACAGAAAGCACGGGCGCCACGAGUUUAGAGGGCGAUGUUCUGCACCACACCGCAUCCUGAGUGCUUCCUGCACAGGCAACAGGUACGCUGAUCGUUGCCUUGACUACUCCUUGUCGGGACAUGGGUCAGGCAUCCCCAGUUAUCCCGACUUCUUGGUCAUGCCCCGCGGUCAUGUGCGCCUCACUGACCCCAGUUGCAUUGGCUGCAUCUUGCUGACGGGGUUGUUGUUGUUGUUGUUGUCGUUGUUGUUGUUGUUGUUGUUGUUGUUGUUGUUGUCGUUGUUGUUGUUGUUGUCGUCGUCGUUGUUGUUGUUGUUGUUGUUGUUGUUCUUUAAAAUGACGAGUAUACGAGCGAGCCUGACUCUACCGGAAAUAAUAGUACGUACCAAAGUAUCAACCCCGCCAACCUCUUUUUCAUUACAAAACCCCAGAUUUACUGGUCAGUUGGCAUUGAGCCCUCCUACCAUCCUACCAAGUCUUCGGUGUGCGAGGUUGUGUCGUGCUGCCCCAUCGCGCUAAGUUACCCACGUCAUAGC